AUGGAUCUAGUGCGCACCCUUACUGCAUUGCAAAGACUACUAUUAUCACAGGGAAUUCACCUGCAAAAUGUUAAAGCCAUGAUGCAAACGCGGUCAUAUCAUGCAAUAGAAAAUCAGAAUUAUGUUGACUUUGACCUCUUCGCCGCCCUCGAUCCGUCACAGUGCUCACUUACAAAACCUGCAGAGAAUCUCUCCUCUUCCUCCAUCCUCUCGUCUUUUCCUGUUUCUUCUCCCGGAUUUCGAGAAAAGCUCCCCGCUUCGGGAAUGGCGAAUCAUGGGGCUUUCUCCUUUUGCCUCCCCUUCGCUUGCUUUCUCGUUAUUGCACUGUCUCAGUCUCAGUCCGAUCAGUUCAUCUUCCAUGGGUUCAACGACUCGGCGGAGUCCCCUAUGAUCUUCAAUGGCGCCUCCAUCAUCAAGCCCAGCGGAGCUCUCAAGCUCACCAACAUGUCGAGCGACGACAUCGGCCAAGCCUUCUAUCGUCGGCCUUUCCAGAUGUUGGCCAAGAGCUCCGCUUCCAAUGGCUCCGCCGCUCUCUCCUUCAGCACCCACUUCGUGUUCGCCAUAAGGCCUCCGAGCUCCGGUGAGGGCGGCUACGGCCUCGCGUUCGUGGUCGCCCCAAAGACUUCCUUCCCGGGUGCCAAGGCCGAGCACUACCUCGGCCUCUUCAAUUCCUCGAACGACGGGGACCCAUCGAACCACAUGCUCGUGGUGGAGUUCGACACGGUGAAUGGGUACAAAGGUACCCUGGACUCCAAGGGGAACCACGUUGGGCUCAACCUCAACGGCAUGGAUUCGAUCGCCACCAUGCCGGCUGCCUAUAACAUCGAUGGCAAGUCUAACAAUGAGGAGAUUACGAUGGAGAGCGGCAAGGCCAUUCAAGGUUGGAUCGAGUACAACAGCUCGAAGCAAUUGGUGGACAUCACUAUAUCUCCGAUCGAUGUGGCAAAACCGGUAAAACCUCUCUUGUCCGUGGCCGUUAACCUCACUUCAAUAUUUGAGGACACCAUGUAUGUCGGGUUCUCUGCUUCGACGGGGACCAAGAGAAGCUUGCACUACGUUCUGGGAUGGAGCUUCCGGUUGAACGGAACCGCGACUCCGCUCAAUCUGAGUCGGCUUCCUCUGCCUCCAGACCAGACAGAUUCAUCAUCUUCCUCUUACAAGCCACAGAUAGUAGCCCUCAUUGCCUCUCUUUGCGUCAUAGCUGUGUGCCUUUUAGGAAUCUUUUUCUUCCAUACCAUGAUCAAGAAGAGGAGGCAGCAUGAGAAUCUUGAGGACUGGGAGUUAGAUUGCCCUCACAGGUUCAGGUACAGGGAUCUUCACGAGGCAACAAAAGGGUUCAAACAGAGCGAGGUGAUAGGAAUUGGCGGCUUCGGCGCAGUGUACCACGGCAUCUUGCCGACUAACAGGUGCGAGGUCGCGGUCAAGAAAGUAUCUCGAAACUCAAUACAGGGAAUGAGGGAGUUCGUGGCUGAGAUCGAGAGCUUAGGCCGGCUGCGGCACAAGAACCUGGUGAAUCUCCAAGGCUGGUGCAAGCAGAAGGAUGAGCUCCUCCUCGUCUACGACUACGUGCCUUACGGGAGCCUCGACUCGCUAAUCUUCAAGCGGAAGGACGGCUUCGUGUUGAAUUGGGAACACAGGUUCCACAUCGUCAAGGGCGUCGCGGCCGGAUUGCUGUACCUCCACGAGGAGUGGGAGCAAGUCGUGAUCCAUCGGGAUGUGAAGUCCAGCAACGUCCUGAUCGACGCGGAAAUGAACGCACGGCUCGGGGAUUUUGGCCUCGCGAGGCUAUACGAACACGGCAAGAUGUCGCACACCACCAACUUGGUCGGAACCAUAGGGUACAUUGCCCCAGAAUUGGCCCGGUCGGGGAAGGCCUCAACGAGCUCGGACGUGUACGCCUACGGCAUUCUGCUGCUCGAAGUAGCCAGCGGCAGGCGUCCGACGGGUUCGAGCCAAUUCCUGCUGAUGGAUUGGGUGAUAGAAUGCUACGAGACGGGUCGGAUUCUCGAUGCCGCGGAUCCCAAGUUAGGUUCGGCCUAUGAUGCCGAGGAGAUGGAGAGGGUAUUGAAUUUGGGCCUUGCUUGUUCCCAGUACCAUGCCCAAGCUCGGCCUACCAUGAGGCAGGUGAUUCGGUAUCUAAACCGGGAUGAGCCGGUACCCGUUUUCACCGACGAUCCGAACUCUGCCGGUUCUCGAGGAGCCAACGACAUGAGCUUGAGAUUAUUCGAGGCAGUUUCUUCCGAUACAACCACCGGGACGUCUCAUGCGUCGACAUCGUCCCGGGUGUCAUCGUCCGUCCAUUCGUUCUCCACUUCUUUAGGCGGCGGUAGAUAAUAGGAGCAGCUCAAACCUUUCCCGUCUUUCGUUUUGAUAAUGUUUCCUGCAAUUCUUUUUGGUUUCCUUUUGCAGCUAGGACGAGAAAGGUUGAGAUUCAUACGUACAGAAAUGUUUUUGCAUGGCCAUUUUCGGGCAGUAUAGGAUAAACACACUACACAGACACAGAUGCAAUUUAACUUGUGAGAAAAUUUUUUGGUUUGUAGAUUUUACACCAACCACAGUUUCCGAAAUUUAUACGCAAAUUCGCUUUCUGGGAUUCUUCUUGCGAAAUUUCAGGCUUACUGUUAGUCUCCGAAUUCAUUCAAAAUGUUAUCGUAAGCGAACGAAUCUCGACCGAGAGAUCAGAUAAAUACUAUGCUGGACUGCUCCAAAAAGAGAUUAUUGCUUGACUCAGAGCAUCCUGCAUCGUCUGAACACGGG